ACAGACGUAUAGUGCCAACGCCUUUCCCUUCCCUGUGUGUGUGUGGCAGGGGAACUUGACGCACCGAUUUACAGCCGUUCAUUUGGACAACUUUCAUGAGCAGCACUGCCGGAGCAAGAGGCCACUAACAGUAGAAAGUUUGAGUAAAAUGGGUUGCACGAUUAGCGCCGAAGACAAAGCUGCCGUGGAGAGGAGUAAAAUGAUUGACAAAAACUUGCGAGAAGAUGGAGAAAAGGCAUCAAGGGAAGUGAAACUGCUUCUGCUCGGUGCUGGGGAAUCUGGGAAAAGCACCAUAGUGAAGCAGAUGAAAAUUAUUCAUGAAGAUGGCUACUCAGAAGAGGAGUGCAAGCAGUAUAAAGUGGUGGUCUACAGCAACACCAUCCAGUCUAUCAUUGCAAUCAUCAGGGCGAUGGGCCGGCUAAAGAUAGAUUUUGGGGAUGCUGUACGUGCGGACGAUGCCCGCCAACUGUUUGCUCUAGCGAGCUCUGCAGAGGAGGGGGUGAUGUCAGCAGAGCUGACUGGUGUGAUUCGGAGACUCUGGACGGACGGUGGAGUUCAGGCCUGCUUCACCCGAUCCCGAGAGUAUCAGCUCAAUGAUUCUGCAUCAUACUACCUCAAUGACUUGGACAGGAUCUCUCAGCAGAGCUACGUCCCCACUCAGCAAGAUGUGCUGCGUACACGUGUGAAGACCACUGGCAUUGUAGAAACCCACUUCACCUUCAAAGAGCUCUAUUUCAAGAUGUUUGAUGUUGGGGGACAGCGAUCAGAGAGGAAGAAGUGGAUCCAUUGUUUUGAGGGCGUAACAGCAAUCAUCUUCUGUGUAGCACUCAGUGACUAUGACCUUGUCUUGGCUGAGGACGAGGAGAUGAACCGCAUGCAUGAGAGCAUGAAGCUUUUUGACUCCAUCUGCAAUAAUAAAUGGUUCACAGACACCUCCAUUAUACUCUUCCUCAACAAGAAGGACCUGUUUGAGGAGAAGAUUAGCAGGAGUUCACUUACCAUCUGUUACCCCGAGUACUCAGGUGCUAACACAUAUGAGGAGGCAGCAGCUUAUAUCCAGUGCCAGUUUGAGGACUUAAACAGACGGAAGGAUACCAAGGAGAUCUACACCCACUUCACUUGCGCCACAGAUACCAAGAAUGUCCAGUUUGUCUUUGACGCUGUCACCGACGUCAUCAUAAAAAUCAACCUGAAGGAGUGUGGGUUGUACUGAGGCAGCAGGCCCUGCAGGUGAUGGGAGCCGAGUCGGGACUAGGGUGCCGGUAUGUCUUAUCUGCAGUAGACGGUUUGGGAAGUAGGUGUGGUUAAGGACUGAGACGGCGGCCAUGCUGCAUGCCGAAACCUAAAUUCUACAAGUUGGGGACUUGUUACUCUGAUUACUUUUUUCUUAACAGAUUUUACAAUGGUCAAUGCAGAGCAUAUUGCAGGGAAGCUGAGUAGUGGAAAAAAUGCUUGUGAAGCGAUCACUGUGAGUUCAUUUGGAGUCCUGUCUUAUUUAUGGUCUUUGUGCCAGUCCUGGGGCUGGCAGUUAAAUUUCCUUUUUGUCUUAUUUCAUAUCCACUCACCAAAUCUUUAGAUUGCCACAGUACCAUGUACGAGGACCAAAACAAACUGCUUGCUUAUCAAAUCCAGUGCUGAAUCUCAGAGUUUAACAACCGAUAUGUACAUUUUGUUCAGCUCUCUUUUUAUGUCGCCUCUUUUCUUAGCCGUAAGUCUGUAUCACAUUUCUUUUUAUUCAAUAUUUGAUUGAUCUUUUUUGCAUUUGUUAUAUUUUAUUUGAACUUUUGGUUGCGCUUACAUAGAAUACCCAUCUGUCUGAUGUGUGAAUGCAAUAACUUAAUGUAUUGAGAAUGAUUUUGUUUGAACCUUUCUGAUGUAUAUACUCUAAUUAGUUGUGUCUGAUAUUAUUAAGCAAGAGUCUAAUGAAUCCAGUAGUUUUCUCAUCUAAACACAAGGGGUUUUAACAGUGCAGCAUAGUUGUGUAUUUAGUUAUUUUUAUUUUGAUCAGACCACUUUGUAUUGAAUAUUUUUAUACUUAGCACACUUCACUCCAACACAGUUUCUAAGAUGUCUUGUUAAGGGAGAACUGUGAUUGUUUUGUUGUCAUUUUAUCAGACUUUUAAGAGAAGAAUCAUAUUAACUGCAGUAAAGUCAAUGCAGAUAUGGAUUUUAAUUGAAAAAUUGGAUCAUUGGGAUGUCAGUAAUGAAAUCCAAACACAGCAAACGAGAUAACUCAAAAAGUCGUUUGCUACAGUCAGUGUUAUUGUGCUUUGGCCUUAACCACGCCGUAAUUCUGUUCUGCUGUAAGGAAUCUGUUGCCAAUAAAAUCAAGUGUGGUUCGGGUCAGAUCGGCUGCUUUCUCCACUGAGAAGUGUUUAGCAGCCAUCAUUCCUUAAGGGCAGGCAGUAGUUGCGUGUCUGGUUCAGUGUGAAUUUGUGCAGUUAUAUUGUUCAUCUUGACACAAUUAAAUGAUGGCACAAAGUGGUCAUCUUCCUUUG